CUCAGAGGGACAGCAGAGCCUCAGUCAGUGCUGUCAGAGACACAGACCUCAAACCUGCUGCCCAAACAUCAAGACAAACCUGCUUCCAAUCAGCCAGGAGACACUCCAAAACCCUCAGCAGCAACCUUUAGUCCACGAAUCAGAGCAGUGAGGAGCUCCGCCUACUUUAGAGAGACACGGGGAGGACAGGGGCGUGACAGCUGAGCAGGCACACUGCAGCUGAGGCAGCAAGACCGGGCUAUGCACCCGCCAAAGCCAGAGGUCAAGACAAAAAGAGCGAGAACAGUGAAGAGGUAGACGCAGAGCCCGGUGGACCACGAGGGGGAGGGGGAGAGACUCAACCCAGGAGGAGGACAAUGUGAAGGAGAGGAAGGCGGGAGCUGCAGGAACAAGGAGAAAAUGGUUUCUGAAGGGGGUGUGACCAUGUGGCAGAAAAACUGCCAGAAGCUGCAGAGGACGCACCGCUGGCCCAAGAGCUGCAGGGGGCGCUCACAGGGCAAGAGGACAGGAGGAGGAGGGUGCAGUCAUCAUCCCCAGCACCAUCAUCGUCACGCCCACCAGCCGCAGUACCUCCACAGGCCAGGCGGGGGUGCUGGAGGCAUAAGGGCAACGCCGUCCCUUCGGCCCGUUAACGUGAAGGGAAACCGUGCGAGAGGGAUGCGGGCGCCAAAGAACACCAACCAGUUCCUGAUGCACGAGAAGUACCAGCUGCUCCACAUGCGCUCCGACUCGGUGGGGAGCGACAGCGGCUCGGACAGUGACCUGGAGCUCACCGACAUGGACUCUUACCUGUGUGUCCUGGAGAACGCCAGAGGGGCUCUGCUGGACUGCCCCAGCCCGCCGUCUGCACCGGGCCACACGGUCCGUGUCCAAAACUGUCCGCAGGGGGACCAGCUGCGUCUGCAGGUGGACAGUUUCCAUCUGCAGGAGGGUGGUCUGUGUCUGCAGGAGGACAGUCUGCAGUACUUCCCAUCUGAGGACGACCUAAUCCAAAGCCAGAACUUCAUGCAGAGGGACUUUGUUGAGUUCUGUGACUUCCUGACGGCCUGAGGGGAAACUUUUCAUGUUUGAAUGAGUUCAGCUUCAACUUUUUUUUUGUCUUACAAUUUGACAUGAUUCCAGCAGAAACUGAGUUUUUAAAGUAGUUUUGUACAAUGGUGACACGUGAUUUUGUGGCGUUUGCGUUUAUUGCUGUCUGUAAGUGGGCGGAAGGGACUCGAGUGGGAGUGAGCCCCAACAGCCAAUGAGAAUCAAGAUGAAACAACUUGACUGCAGCUGAUUGGUUGAUACUGUUGUCAUGUAAAUAUGCUUUUAAAGUAUUUUGCUUUAAUAAAUAAAUCAUGAAU